ACAUUCACCACAGUAACGCUGGACUCUGUUCGACCCAAAGAAGCAACAUGAACUGUGAUUAGAGCGAGCGGCUUCACGCGCUCUGCUUCCGUAUAGUCACCGCAGUCACCGAGCCAGCGCUUUAUUGUACUCCAAAGUGUGUUUAGGUUUCCCGUGUCUGUAUGAGGACAUGUAAGUGUCGAGAGUUCACUUUGACAUGUUUUUUCCACAUCUGCCUGUAGUUGCUAGGGGAAGUGACGUCAGCAGCGAGUGACAGCUUUCACAGACUGGGAGACGCUGCGUACCCGUUCAGCUGUCUGGAGUUGGAUCAGAGUAAUCGGAGUCCAUCGUUAAGUUUGGGAUCACAGUGGCCCCCAAACUACGGAGAGCAUAGACUACGCGUUUCACGGUACCGGGCCAUACCGAUAUUACAGACUUCCGGUGGUCAGAAAGAGUAAAAGGGGAUGGUGAAACCUGCGCUGUUACAGGAAGAGAUCGAAAGGGACCGGGCUGUGUACACCGACGGACUCAAAGCUCUAAUAUUCCUUCAUACAGCAGGAGAAGUGCUUCUUAACUAAGAUAAGGAGACUGUGUCAAAGAGCACCGCGGACAUGGAGCUCAGAGUGGGCAACCGCUACCGGCUGGGCAGGAAGAUCGGGAGUGGGUCCUUCGGGGACAUCUACUUAG